UAGACUUAACUCGUGGAUAAAGGGAUAACAGAUGGAUUAAUUAAGAUCAUCACCAUUCCGAAGUUGGUACGCAAAUCGAAAGAGACAAAAGAUGGAGCUUGAGCCGUACAUUAUUUUUGUCAUUUCUACUGUAGUAGGAAUGGCAUGGGGACAGACGUGUACAAUAAACGAAUGUUCUGAAGAAAGCCUUCCCAAGCCGAUGGGAUCUGGUUUAAGCGGAUACACACCUGGUGGAACUGGUUGCUAUGACGACGGGACGCUGGUGACGUAUAUAUGUACGGGUUCGUUGCUAGGUCCACCAACCAGUCAGUGCAGCGCAGGAAUUUGGUUUCCUCCGGUAGGACCAACAUGUGAAGCUGCUAGUGGUUGUUUCCGGCCGCAGCUCCCACCCAACGGCAACGUUACGGAAUACAAAGAUGAGUACGCCCUCUACGACAGGAUCACGUUCUACUGCGAUGACGGGUAUUCUAUCAUUGGCCCUCAGGAAGUCGUGUGUGAUUCGGGAGGGAUAUGGGACCCUUCCAAUAUACCUACAUGUGAAGCAUCUUGCACGGCCCCAUCGAUUCAAAAUGGCGGUCCUAACGGUACUUAUGUCAAUGGUGAGGUCAUCACGUACACUUGUGACGUCAACUAUACUCUCAUUGGAGUGUCGUCUGCUACAUGCCGUGAUGAAUUGUGGGAUCCUACGAAUGUCCCAGAAUGCCUUGAACAAUGCCUACCACCAAUCGUUGCCAACUCGAACUUUGACACUCAGCAGGACCUCUUUGAUCACGGUAGUUCGGUGAUCAUUGACUGCGAUCCGGGGUACUCGACGGGCUCUUCAACCAGCACGACCGUGAAUUGCAACGAUGGGUCAUUGAGUAUGGAGUCGCCUAGAUGUUAUGAGAACUGUUCACCGCUUGAUACCUUCCUGAACGGCCAAGUGACGGGGGAUACGAGUCCAUUCUACCACACUGAGACCGUGUCAUUCAGCUGUGAUACCGGCUUUACGUUGGACGGUGCUACCAGUAUAACAUGCUCCGAUGGGGCUUGGGAUGCCCCACAACCCAUGUGCAUGGAUCAAUGUCCAGUCAUCGUACCCGAAGCAUACAGCGCCUUUUACGGCUCGGCACCGCCAUUUCAACACGGUGAUAUGGUGACCUUUACAUGUUAUAGCGGCUAUGAGAUAUACAAUGGAAGCAUCACUUCAACAUGUCAAAACGGACAGUGGAGCUCAGAUCCGCCAUUUUGUACAGAGCAAACAACGACUACACAAGCUGCCAGCACAAUGAUGGAUUCAAUAACAACCAAGUUACCUUCAACCAGCAUGACGACUUUACAAGAUACAGUUACGCCGUCUACUUCCCAAAGUUCCGAUACGUCACCCGAAGCGGCAUCUACCGACGUCGUCCUUCAAACAGAUAAAGACCUCAAUACAAGCCGUGUCUACAGACAAGUUACCUUCAACCAGCAUGACGACUAUACAAGAUACAACGUCGCCGUCUACCCAAACGUCAACCGAAGCGGCAUCUACCGACGUCCUUCGAACGUCUUUAGAGACCAUUACCGAAGUUGUCACAGAAAUGAAGACCUCAAUACUAGGCGUGUCUACAGACAAUUUACCUUCAACCAGCAUGAAGACUGUACAAGAUACAACGUCACCGUCUACUUCCCAAACUUCCCAAACGUCAACCGAAGCGGCAUCUACCGACGUCCUUCAAACGUCGAAAGUCACCAUGACUGA